UCACGGUCAGUCAAUAAAUGCAUUUCUUCGUCCUCUUCUCCAGGGUUCCUGUCUGGCUACCUCUUACCGGCAUACGAGGAAGUUGAGAACAGACCUCCGACGCCCCCGCCUCCGUACAGUGCCUCUCAGCCAGGCCAGUCCACCAGCAUUGACCCCCUGUGCUCUGAACAACCAGAUGAGUUCUGCCCUCCACUGCAGUCCAGCCCCGUCGUCCUGUCUGCAUCUGAGAACUGUUCCCUGGGACCCUGUGUAGAGCAGCCACAUACUCCCACUGCACACCGCCCUGUCAGAAACACCCACAAAGCACAGUACCUCAGCCGAGGAGAGGACGGGCAGCCCCAGCAGGUAGCGUGCGCUACCUCACACAGCCCCAUCAAACAGUGCAGCUCGGGCGAGGAUCUGACUGAACCCGUAGAAGACCGUUCUCCCGACAGCGAAGACAAGACUCCAGGACGCCACCGGCGCUUCACAGGCGACUCUGGGAUUGAGGUAUGCGUUUGCAACCAAGGGCCCGGGGAUGGAGAGGAGGAGAUGAAAGAGCUUGUAGGGCACACGGAUGGAGGGGUGCUCGAGGAGCAGGACUUCUGUGAUAGCUGCAACCUCCGCGGCGGCGGCAGCCCUCCUCGUGGUUCGGGGGAUGAGGAACAGGACCUGGCUGCCUCAGAUGUGCCUCUAGAGCAAAGAGAGCAUCAGCGACCUCCAGUCUGCCUCCAUCUGCACACCAUCAACGAACAGGACGGUCCACAUCACGCUAAUAACACGGACCCCCAGAGUUGAGCACAACCGGUUCCAGCAGAGACUUACUUUAGACUGCUGUCUCCCUUUACUUUCUUGAGAUGCAUCAGUUUGUACUGUCAGCAAUGUCACUUUGGGUGUACUUUUUGUGUGUGUGUGUGUGUGUGUGUGCGUU